GAAACACAAAAUCCAUAGAUGUGUUUUCUGAAUUCGUUCGUUCGUGCAAAUCAUUAUCAGCAACUAAUUGAGAGUCAAAAACAGCUCCCAGAGCUCAAUGUUACCGUCGCGGCAAUGCGGUGGCCUUCCCCGUCGCUUCACCCCGAUUUGUUGAUUACAUGGAUUCAGACGUCUAUCGAUCCCCAUCAAGCUCGAGUACAGCUGUAAAAGCAGAUGGGCAUAGCUCAAGCAAGCAGGCAGCAUGUAUGAACUGUAGAAAGAGCAAAACAAGAUGCCUUCGCGAUGCUGAUGAACCCCAAUGUAAAAAGUGUUCCCAAUCAGAGGUGGAUUGUAUUAUCCCGGAGUAUCGCGUUGGCCGAAAGAAAGGAAUCAAAAAGUAAGUCUCCACUCUAUUGUUUGAAUCUAGUACUGAUAGGUAUAGUAAGCGUGAUGGAUUGGAGAAAGCUGUUUAUCGCAUCGAACAGGCUAUCAAACGGAAAAAGAGCGGAAACCAGUUAGAUGAUGGCCAGCUUAGUCAACUAGAAGGGUUGUUGAAUGAUGCUCAACGAAUUUUACCUCAAAAGUCGCCUCAAGAAAAUGGACACAAUGAUUUCCAACAAGAGGCCUCUUUGUCGUCUCAACAGCUUCCUCGCAUCGAUACGAUUGUGCAAUCUAUUCCUGGUCAUAACACUUCCGAUUCAAAUCCCGAUGACUUUUCUGUUCAUGAUGCCGAGAAUCCUCUUCAACUACUUGCUAGAGCAUCUGAUCUAUCGGUGCCUACAAACACAAUAAAUGAUCUUCCUCGAUUAUCAUCAUCGCUUGCAAUACUUUCUAGACCUGGAAUUACAGAAGACAAGGAUCUUCGAGAUUUCUUUGGACCUUUCCGACCAAGUUUAGACGAUGGAGAGGAAGUAGAUCCUAUUGAGAUGGGCCUGGUCACUCACGAGGAAACGAGGGAGCUCUUUAAUUAGUGAGUAACCCGUACAGUCUUUUCUAGAUUUGACUAAUUAGUCAUAGUUUUCACAAACAUCUCUCACAUACACGAUGGGGACUUGAUCCAAUUCUACACACCCCCCAAUUCGUGCAGAAGCAAUCGGCAUUCUUGUUUACCUCUAUCCUGGCGGCAUCAGCCCUCUUCAUCCCUUCAGCAGGAGCUUUAUCCAAACGUCUCUCAGCUCAUAGUAAAUACCUGGCUCGUCUCAUCUUUGCUAAGGGCAAUCGGUCACCGGAAAUUGUCUUGGCUUUCAUGAUCAACAUACCAUGGAUGGCUCCUGGAAAACACUGGUGUGAUGAUGAGACUUGUUCUUAUAUGGCCAUGGCUUUGACCAUUGCUGUAGAUAGCGCGUUGGAUAAACUUAUCAUUCCUUCUUCAAGUGAACUGCAGGGUGGCAGUACAAAGGGAAGACCUAACUCAGAGUGUAUUACUGCAAGGAAGGCGCUGGACAUGGAUGGAUUCGCAGAUAUUGAUCCUGCCUCAGACUAUGGGAGAAGAUUAUUGAGGAGAAGAGAGAGGAUAUGGCUUGCCUUGUUCGUACUUGAUAGAGGGUAAGCUGCUAAGUUUCACAAUAUGAAUCAUGCUAAUGUUGAACAGAGUCUGCUUAGCUAGAGGUCGAAGUUUUACCGUACCAGUCACACCACUCAUCGAAACAUGCGACGAUUGGCAUCGGAACUCUAUCGCUGAUGUUUGGGAUGGAUCCAUCGUAUCGUCAACCGUUCUUCGGCGAGAUUUAGUAAACCUCAUAACUUCUGUAAAAGAAAGCUGUGGCAUUGAGCGUACGAAAAACGUAAGCGGAAGUAUAAUAGUUCAAUCGUAAGUUCAUUGUCUCUCAUAUCCCUGCAGAUCUAAUAAUUUCCUAGUCUCCAACAAAUGAUAGACGGCUUCUUCAACCAAUGGUACGCAACAUGGACUUUCACAAUAACCCCCGCGGCCACGACAAACUCGCCUUCCAUCCCGCCAUAUGUCGAAAUCUUGGUAACACACGGACGUCUCUCUAUUUACAGCUCUGUGAUCAACCACCCUACCGCUCCCAUCGCUGUAAAACGGUUCUUCCGUGCCGCAGGACUUUCAUCUUCCUUGAACGUCAUGCGUGCAGCCGUACAAGGAGAAUCCAAACUCCAGUCCAUGCCCAACAACACUUGCAUCAUGAUUUCCUUCGCGGCCUGUUUUGCAGUGUACCUAAGUACCAUUGGAAAAGCUAGUCUCACUCCAAGUGUACGAGUUCUCAUCGAGGAAAGUGCCGGAGUUCUAGAGAGGAUAGGAAAUCUCACGCCCCAUCGAAAAGGAACAAGUGCUUUAUAUGGAAGGCAUCUGAGGGUAGUCGUUGGUUCCUUACUCUCUGCUCCUAUGUCCCAACCUCCUACGCGUUCUUCAGAAAUGCAUCAACCACCAGCUGGCUUCUCGUCACAACAAAAUAAGAAUCCCUCAUAUACGCCUGCACAGCCUAUUUUAUACACACCUCAACAACAAUUGCAGCAGCAACAGCAAGCGACUAUGCCGGAACUUCUUCAGUUCUCUGCCAUGUCUGACGAUCAAAUCAAUGAGGCUAUCAACAAUGCGGGCGAGGAGUUUGAUUUAGAAUGGGCGGGUUUACAGGAUGGUUCCUUAGAGGGCAUAGGCAUGGGAAUGGACAGAACGGGUUUAGGACUUGAUUGGUUAAAUUGGUUCAAUGUCGAGGUUGGUGGGGGUUUUGGCUCAGGUGGAAUAAACGGGAUGACUAUGUAAAUUAGGUUGAUUAGGUUGAUUAGAGAUUGGAGCUGGUCUCAUGGGUGUUUAUGGAGUAUCUAAAAAGGGGUUGUACUGAAUUUCAUAUCGUUUCCUGA